CAGGAGAGAAUUUCCGCCAUUGCGAUAAAAAAAAGUUUCCGAAAAAAAGUGGCGUCUUGUGCAGUCGUUCUUUUGUUUUUUGUAAUUUUGUGGCAUUUUAAUGCAAAUUUCGGCAGAGUUUUAGUGGAAAUCCGUUCAGAGAGAAUCUGGGGAUAACGUUUGGGGUCAGAAUUCUUUUCCGGAUGGUGGAAUUUCCCCAGAAAUGGAGCUUUAUUGUGAGGAUCGCUUCAUCAACUUUCCGGCCUCCGUGGAAUUUCAGCUGAAUGGACGCGAUGCUGGAGAGUUUGAGGGCUUCUUGCCCAACAACAGCCCCAUUGGAACACCGCCAGAAACCUGGGAGCAGGAGUGGAACAUGCUCAAUCAGGAAAUUUUCUCCACGAUCAGCGACUCGCCUGUGAAUUUCGACGUGCAGAAUGUGCAAGAGCCUCUGGGUUCUCCGGAAUCUCACCAAGAAUUGGAUCAGCAUCUCACUGGCCACCAGCGCAGAUCAAGGGCCAAGGGAAAGCUCAAGGACACCAAAUCCUACUGCGUCUUCUGUUGCAAUAACAAGGAAAGCAGAGAAGUGUACAUGAGUCACCGCGUGAAGGAUGCCCAAGGAAGGGUGACAUGCCCCAGGCUCUUCAACUACGAAUGCCCCAUCUGCAAGAAGAAGGGCGCCGAGGCUCACACCGUCAAGUACUGCCCGAAGAAGACCAUCCUGACGCCCGAAAUGGCCGAGAUGCAGUAUGCCUAUGAGCAGGAACGGAAGAAUUUGAAGAAGAAACUUAGAGUUUGCAUCCCCAGAGUUGAACCCUGGAAGUCCCUUCUUUAUUCUGCUCUCUGCCCAAACGACACUCUCAGCAUGAUCCAUUGAAUAUUCAAUGUUUGAAUUUUCCUGUAUCAAGGUAAAAGUUCUUAUCUUGAUUUUCAUUUUUGUUCGUUUUGAAUUUUGAAUGCUCUUGUUCUGAGCUUUUUGAAGACAAAGCUCUACAAAAAAUUAAAAGUUUUCCUAGUUGUUUACAUAAAAUAUGUAUUGCAUGUGAAGUAAAAUAUCUGUUCAUUUUUUUUGUGCUUAAUAAAGUUUUUUUCGGAAGAGAAGAAAAA